CAGGACGGAACAACUCCGACCAAUCAGAUAUGUUUGACGUCACGUCCAAUAGGAAUUCUGUGGCCGGCUUUUAAAAUUGACUUCGGCCAAUCAGAGGAAGGCACCGCAGUCGGUAUCUGGCCAAUCAGCGCUGGGAGGUUGGGUCAGGUGACCGGCUGGAGACUGUGGCGGUUUAGAUUUGAAUUGAGAGAGUUUAGUGUGCGAGAGACGAGUGGAGAGCGAGGAUCAGCGGGAACAGAAGGAGACAGGAUGUCUUACAAGGAGAACCUCAACCCUUACAGUAAGUUCGCCACCCCAACCAGCGCCUCGGGCCCCCAGCGCGUUCUCAGGAAGGAGCCCUUCUCCGCCUCCUCCAGCUCCACCCUCUCAGUGACGGCGGGCCGCGUGGCGGUGACUGAUACGGCAGAGAAGGCCAUGGACUGCCCAAAAAGGAAAUUUACCAUUGAGGAUUUCGACAUCGGGCGUCCUCUGGGUAAAGGAAAGUUUGGCAACGUGUACCUGGCCCGGGACAAGCAGAACAAAUUCAUCAUGGCCCUGAAAGUCCUCUUCAAGUCCCAGCUGGAGAAGGAAGGCGUGGAGCACCAGCUGAGGAGAGAGAUCGAGAUCCAGUCUCACCUCCGACACCCGAACAUCCUGCGCAUGUAUAACUACUUCCAUGACCGCAAGCGCAUCUACCUGAUGCUGGAAUUUGCCCCCCGGGGGGAGCUGUACAAGGAGCUGCAGAAAUACGGCCGAUUCGAUGAGCAGAGGAGUGCUACGUUCAUCGAGGAGCUGGCUGACGCCUUACAGUACUGCCAUGAGAGGAAGGUUAUCCACAGAGACAUCAAGCCUGAGAACCUGCUCAUGGGCUAUAAGGGUGAGCUGAAGAUCGCUGACUUUGGCUGGUCUGUCCACGCCCCCUCACUCAGGCGUCGGACCAUGUGCGGAACGCUGGACUACCUGCCCCCAGAGAUGAUCGAGGGAAGGACCCAUGAUGAAAAGGUGGAUCUAUGGUGCGCGGGGGUCCUCUGCUAUGAGUUCCUCGUGGGCGUGCCUCCUUUCGAAAGCCCCUCGCACUCGGAGACCCACCGCAGGAUAGUGAAGGUCGACCUUCAGUUCCCGUCCUUCCUGUCCGACGGGUCCAAAGAUCUCAUCAGCAGACUGUUGCGUUACGUUCCAGCACAGCGCCUCUCGCUCAAGGGAGUCAUGGAGCACCCGUGGGUGAAAGCCAACUCUCGUCGUAUCUUACCUCCAGCCUACAGUACCAGCAAGUAAUCUCCGGCUCUGGCCUCUACUGUAACGCACCCAAAUCACCAAGAAGAUAGGACAUCUUGGACUACAGCCAGGGUGGGGGGGGUCUCUUCUAGAAUCCUCAGUAUCCUAAUAGAAGACAUUAGAGAUGAGCGAACU